AUGAUCACUCAGCAGCAGCUGUCCAGCUCCAACAGUUUCACCAACUUCACAGCCAUGUCCAGCAAAGAGUCAGUGGAGCUGGCACUCAGGAGUGAAGAUGAAGAUGCAUACCAGCCAGAGCUUAGUAAGAGCAGUGAAGAUAAAGAUGAUGAGAAUACCAGCAACCUGGGUGAACAUUCAGCAGGUGGCACACCAGUUGCCAAUGUCCAGACUUCUGAUUCAGAACAUGAACAUUUACAGGAAGAGUUCUGGUGCAAGCAGUUCUAUCCACUAUCAUUCCUGUGUGAUCUGGAGUUCAUGAUACUAGAGCCACACUGGUGCUCCCCACUUCAUCACCAGGGUCUGCUCUACUGCCAGUUCUACAACAUCAUCAAGAAAAUCUUCAUGACUGGCAAGCAUUCCCCAUUUGCAAAUGAGAAUCUGGACACAUUAGCUCUGGAUUCCAGACUGGUACAGAUCUGGCAGCAUAUCAGAAAGGCUAUCAGCUAUUCCUCUCUGGCCUUGCUGCACAUGUACAUUCACACCAAGCAACAGUACCAUGUCACCAUUUCCAACUGCCACCAGCAGUCCUACAGAACUCAGAAGAAGUACCAGAUCACUGCUGCUAUUCUGCAGACCAUGAACCAAAUUCUCCAGAAAAGCAAUCUAGCCAAUCAUUCUACAGUUGUGCCUCAAUGCCCAGUGCUCUUCCUCAACUAUCACACCAACCAGCUUCUGGAGUGGCUGUGGUGGAAUAUCAACAAGCUGUACAUCAGGUUUGAGAUGGUCUACAGCCUGCAGCCACAUACUGUAGUGCACUGGAAACACACUCAGAUGAUGAUAAUAUUUCUUCAAUGCCUCCUGUGCACAUAUGGAGGCCAGGGCAACCACCUCAGCUACAGCAGUAGCCUGUGGCUUGAUCACCAGGUGUAA